AUGAAGAGUGGAGGUGGUCAACACGGCUUCGUUCGAACCGGGAUGAUUCAUCCGUCGGGUUUUGGAGAAUCUACUAAACCUCAAUCAAAGCCUACCAACCAGUCAAAACUCACAGAAAAAUGUGAGCGGUCGUCUAAAUACAGUAAUUGUCAUGUGUCCCCGGCGAUGAAGUCCACUGACAAAUCAAAAGGACGCCGAAAGCUACAACCGACAGGUCGGUGGGCUGAGGACAAGCUAGGCCGGCUCACCGGCUCGGGUUCUUCCUCUGCUGGAUCCAUUUUGGAUACAUUAUGUGGAGACAAUUAUGAUGGUCAUGAUUAUGAUCAUGAUGAUGAUUGUUAA